AUGAGUUAUCCAAUGCCCCAAAAGAGUAUAGGCCUUCUCGAAGAAGCCGCAAGGAUGGCUAGACUUAACCACCCAAAUAUAGUCAAGCUUAUUGCUGUCAGUAAAUUGUCAUUUACCGUCUUUCGUCCAAUGUUGGCUAUGGAAUGGUUGGCUGGGGGAAGUCUGGCAGAAUUUUUUAGAGAGGAAAUUAGAAGAAAAGAGGAAAGGGAGCAAGUGAGAGUCUAUGUCAAAGACAUAGUCCACAUUUUACUUCAGAUUGUACACGCCCUCAAAUAUUUGCACGAAAAUCGAGAUAUUCAAGGAAAUGAUUUCACACAUGGGGAUGUUGCUGCUAGAAAUAUUUUGCUUAAUGAACGGAAUCUGGCUACCUGUAUUGCAAAACUAGGCGAUUUUGGAUUGCCUAUAGAUUUUGGGCCUCGGCUACCUAUCCCCUGGUUGCCCCCAGAAAUUGUUUGUUCAUUAGAUCAACAAAAUACAAAACAUCGACCGGAGAGUGAUGUUUGGAUGUUUGGAGUGCUUUGUUGGGAAUGCGCUACACUAGGGGCUGAACCUGCAGAUUUUGUUUAUGAUUGUCUAUCCGAACAACAUCGUCGCCCUCGAUUUGCGGGACCUACAGACGUUUAUUCUUCUGCUAUUUUCCGUUUAACGCACAUUCAGGAUUUAUAUAAACAUUCUAGAGCUCGUUUCCGAAUGGUCCAAAACGUUUCAAAUUGUACUUGUGCCCAACACCGUUGUAGUGUGCCCAUGCCAAUGUUCUCCUUGCGCUGACGAUGCUUUUUAAAUUUUUAAAAUAAAUUGCCAUAAUAUUUCUUGUUUUUAUUGUUUUUUUUUCUUCGUCUAAUUCUUCAUGAU